AUGAAGAAGAAGCUGUGGUGGAAGAAGAAGCUGUGGUUGAAGAACAUGUUAUUGAAACAGCUCAAAGGGUAUGGAUUCAUUCAAAACGUUUCCGAUUAUUCUUUGUUUACCCUUACUCGUGGAACUAUGAGACUUUAUGUUCUCAUUUAUGUGGAUGACUUGUUGAUUGGAGGGAAUGAUCCAGAGGCUAUUAUCAAGUUCAAAGGCUACUUGAGUCAAUGCUUUAAGAUGAAAGAUUUGGGAUUGGUGAAAUACUUUCUUGGUAUUGAAGUCUCACGCUCACCGGAGGGGAUUUAUUUGUCCCAAAGGAAGUAUGCUAUGGACAUUGUCAAAGAGUGUGGUUUGUUGGGUUGUCAGCCAGUCACAACUCCAAUGGUACAAAACCAUAAUUUAGCUAAAGAUGAGGGUGACUACUACAAUGACCCACUUCGCUAUCGAAGAUUGGUUGGUCGACUGGUUUAUCUUACUCAUACACGUCCAGAGUUGUCUUAUGCGGUGCAUAUGUUGGCACAAUUUAUGAAAAAUCCUCGUAUUAAACAUUGGGAAGCAGCUGUACGAGUGGUUCGUUAUCUUAAAGGCUCUCCGGGACAAGGCAUUAUGUUGAGUUCGAAUAAUGACUUGCAGAUCAAGGCAUAUUGUGAUUCUGAUUACAACGCAUGUCCUAUGACGCGUCGUUCUCUCACUGGUUUUAUGGUGUUGUUAGGCGAUUCUCCUAUUGCUUGGAAGACAAAGAAACAAGACACGGUCUCGUUUUCAUCGGCGGAGGCGGAGUAUCGCGCGAUGGGUUUCACUACUCGGGAAAUCAAGUGGAACCGUGAGUUGUUGGCAUGCUUUGGUAUCUCUCAUCCACAGGCUAUGCAUCUCUUUUGUGAUAACAAAGCAGCGUUACACAUUGCUGCUAAUCCGGUGUUCCAUGAACGAACAAAGCAUAUCGAGAGAGAUUGUCACUUUAUUCGUGAUGAGAUUAUCAAAGGCUCACUUGCUACUUCUCAUGUUCGUACCAAUGAGCAACUGGCCGAUAUCUUCACCAAGGCCUUGGGCUUUCCCCAGUUCUCAUAUCUUAGACGCAAGUUGGGCAUUCGAGACUUACAUGCUCCAACUUGA